CCAGCAGCAGAGACACCUCUGCCAGCCGCGACCCCUCGGCCUUGUGCACUCACUACGCGAUGGACUCGGCGCAGGCCGCUGAGAUAAGCGAGGCUGUGGCGGAAAAGGUGCUCCAGUACCGGCGAGACGCGUCAGGCUGGAAGAUAUGCCGGGAAAGCAAUGGAGUUUCUGUUUCCUGGAGGCCAUCUGUGGAGUUUCCAGGGAACCUGUACCGAGGCGAAGGCAUUGUGUUGGGGACACCCGAGGAGGUGUGGGACUGUGUAAAGCCGACUGCUGGGGGCCUGCGUGAGAAAUGGGAUGAGAAUGUGGCCAGUUUUGAAAUUAUUCAAAGCAUCACUGAUACACUGUGCGUAAGCAGAACCUCUACCCCCUCGGCUGCCAUGAAGCUCAUUUCUCCCAGAGAUUUUGUGGACCUGGUGCUGAUCAGGAAGUAUGAGGAUGGGACCAUUAGUUCCAAUGCUACCCAUGUGGAGCAUCCCUUGUCCCCGCCGAAGCCAGGUUUUGUGAGAGGAUUUAACCAUCCUUGUGGGUGCUUCUGUGAGCCGCUGCCAGGGGAGCCCGGCAAGACCAAGCUGAUCACGUUUUUUCAGACCGACCUCAGCGGCUACCUCCCUCGGAAUGUGGUGGACUCCUUCUUCCCCCGCAGCAUGGCUGGGUUUUACGCCAACCUUCAGAAAGCAGUGAAGAAAUUCCAUGACUAAUGCUAUCACUUGUUGGCAAAGAGCUCCCAUGCGUCACUGAGAAGCUCCGACUGUUGGGACACCAGAGAGCCUGGGAGCGCUCAAGAAAUGUGUGUUCCUUCUUUGGAACAAGCCAGGGAGUCUCUGAGGACACUGGCCGAGGCAGAAGCCCACCCCUCUGCCUCUUUUCCACUCAGGGCUGGUGCAGCAGGAGCCCCUCCUGUGCUCUGAACUCCACCUACCUAUGUACCUCCUCUGGCAGGGUGGCCCUGGGCCACAGCCACCUGAAGGGACUCAGUCCUGGUGCCCUGUGAAGCAAAAGCCUGCCUGCUGUAGUCACUCAGAGACAGGCUUCCCAGUCAGCACUCAGAACUAGCCCCUAUAGCCUUUUUUGGCACCUGGAGCUCUCUAAGACCUAUGCUGCAAACUCCAGAUAUAAUUUUCUGAUACAGACCCCCCUAUAUGUUUUUAACACUGCACAAGAUUUGUCCUUUUAAAAAGAUGUCAACUUGGAAAAUGAUGGCUUAAAAAUGGUAUAAGCAUUACGAAAACAUAAUUUGAAUACCCCUUUUGUUGUAUCUUCCCUUCAAAUUGGUCGUUUUUCUCUCUUUAUCUCUUCCAUGUUCCCAGUGAAACCAGGCAGGGUGGACCCCAUGCUCUUUGGAAGUGAUUCUGCACCGAGUCAGCAUUCAUGUCUGCAUGUCGAGCUCUGGGGGAAAGAGUCUUCCUUUUCUUUCCUGUGGACAUUUGCCUCUCCUUGUCCAGCUUGCUGUCCAGAAGGACGAAGGGCCGGACAUCCCUUCUGCCAGCAUCCCUGGCUGGACUCCCCACACUGGACUCUGCUUGCUAUGCUGCUCAGCCCGGAGCAGCUGUACCACCCAGGACACCAUCAGAACACGGGAGCACAGCCUUGCCACCCACCCGGGCAGCCUUGUGACUUCUCUCCCAUCCGACCUGCACAGUCCAGCGAGGGGUCCUAGCACUCAAGAGCAGCCCCUCUGUUCCUCCACUGCCUUCCUGUAGAAAGGGUCUCAUGUGUACCUUCAGUUUUCAGUUUCCCAGGUUAUUUUUGCCUGUGCAGGAAGUUCCACGGAGCUCUCAGCCUCUGCUCCUCCAAAUGGAAAACAUUUCUCCUGUGUUAUUGGUAGUUCCUUGCCUACCUUUGAGUUCUAGGGUGACUAUCUCCAGCGUGGAGGGUAGAAGCCUUCUUCUCUCUGUGUCUAAAGCAUCUGCACAUCCCACAGUCACGUCCUCAAGGCCAUCCAGCUAACUCCCUUUCCGCAUCAGUUUCUUGGAUUGACUUAGAAUUCAUUCAUUCAGUAAAUGAGUACCUACUCUGUGCCGAGCAUAGUUCGCUAUCACCUCAUGGCUUGGUCUCCAAGUCCAGCCUAGUCUGCAUUCACCAGCCAAGGAGAACGUUCAUGCUUGCUCCUAUGAGGUCCAACCCCUGGAAGGUGGUGGUCUUAGCAAAAAGGGUCUGUCCUGUCUAGUGAGUGGAAGGCCAGCUGGCCAAGGACACAUCUCCCUGGGCCCAUGGACGUACUUCCAGCACUGCUCCCACACCAACUGCUGGUGUCGAGUUAGACUGGUUUGAGUUCUGGAUGAGCAAGCAGAAAACACAUGUUGGGGUCACGCCCUGCCACUCAGUAGUUGUGCUCCUGAAUAGAUAAGGAACAUCUCUGCUUUCACUUCUUGUUUUUAAAGGAAAAUAUGGAGGCACAUGUCGCAAUCCCAGUGUGGCCUAACUCUUGAGUGCUGGCAUGAGUGCGAUAAUGCAGGAAUCAGUGAAAUGCUGGGCAAGGCAAAGAUCUGGGGCUGCCUGAAAGAGACCGUGAGUGAUUCCUUUUCAUGGAUGUUAAGAGCUGUGAUUGUCCGCUAUGUUGUCUGCAACAUUGAGGAUGGUUGAAAACAUCCAAAAGCAUUGUUCUCCAUGACUGUGAACUCUGAAGAAGCUGGCUGAAGAAAGCUCCACUUUAAAAUUCUAUCCCCCCGGGGGGCUCAGAUGGACCCUCUUGCUGAUUUCCUGCCCUGAAGCCUUCCUCAGCCUGGACACCAGAAACCUGGGCACCAGUGGCUAUGUCCUCGAUGAGCCAGGGACAGGAGGCACUGGGGAGGACCCUAGGCUCACCUCGACCUGGGCCCAGUCUGCACAUGGCCUCUGCCCCACCCACCUGUCACCUCCCCUGGUUUCCUAAGGAGCCUUUCUCAGGGCCCCAGGCCCUUCCCUGUCCCCACCUUCUAGUCUUGAUGAAGACCUACUUUGUCCUUCCCUGGGCUGGCCCACAUUCAGCUCUUGGCUGCUUGAUAACCUGAAAACAACCCCUGGAUUGUAGGGAUGGUCACUGCGUGCACAGGUGCUGAGGAGGUACAGGCAGGGAUGUGCCCUCUGUGCCAUGUGGCCUCCCACCCACCCCAGUAGGCAUGGUGAGAUCCCGGGAGGGGCUGUGGGACUAAGUCGCAACUUCUGCUGCUGACCUUCAGCCCGCAUCUUCAGGGCCUCCACUAAAUUCAGACACCUGGCGACCGCUGGAGUUCUGUCUGCAUGCGUGUCACUGCUUGAUGAAAUCCAGAAGGGGAUGAGCCAAGCAAGCUGCAGCACACCAGCCAUCUCAGCCAUUAUUUCUCAUGGUGAAGAGGGAUGAGCUAACACCCACUCUAAGAAAGUCACCAAAGGGGUCUACAUGAAGAUGAGCACCCCAGCCAGGCUUUCUGAGUCUACUGCCAGGAAGCAGAUUCUUACCUUUCUGAGGAGCCUGACCCAGCCGCCAGAUUGCAUUCACAUGGUUCUGUUGAUAUUUUCUGGGCUAAUCUUCUCUUCGUGUUUUAUCUGUGGUUCUUGGCAGGUCUUCCCCACGUCCUUACUUCACAGAAGCAGGGGAUGGGGACAGGCUGAGCCCUGACCCAGGCCUAGUCAAGGGAUAUUGGUUGUCGCUAAUACAAAGUCACAUUUCCUUGUCCUGAGCUUGGUAAUCAGGCAUUAAGAAAUGAUCAAAGGCCGAGUGCUGUGGCUCAAGCCCUAAUCCCAGCACUCUGGGAGACUGUUA